AUUAUUGCGUUGUGUCCUGAUGUGGGACACACAGAAGCAGUAGACAGAAACAAAACAGCAAAUAAAGGUGUAAAAACCAGCAGUGUUAGAGAGUAAACUAACUGGAAAUUUAAAUGAGUGCCAACACCUUCUGUAAACAGCAGCACCAACACAAUCGCACGUUGAGAUAAGAAACCUUCGACUCAGAUGAUUGACAUCCUGAAACUUUCUCAAACAAAACCGCAGCUAUUAUAAACAACAAUGGACGGUGAAGUGAGAGCUUGAUGUGAACAUAAACAUAAUGACUUAUUGAUUGGUAAACUUCCUGAUGCUGAAAAACCCUCAGUGGCCUCUUUAUUAGGAACACCUUUACAGUCGAAUGCAGCUGCUAAACAUGUGAUAUGACGUCCCGCCUUUGUUGACGCAGUCAGAGUUCAGUAGUUGCUGUUGUUCUGCAAGCGAUGCUAAUGAGCUCUUGUUCGGCCUGUUUACACGACGGAGCACAACUGGGCUGCCGGUGGACUGAUAUUAGAUAAAUAUAUUGAUCCUUCCUGUAGCGGUGCUUAUUCCUGCGGAGCUGCAGGAAUCUCCGACUGAAGAGACGACGUCGUCCCACCAGUGGGAGUUUGUCUGAUUGGACCCCGGCGAGCCGACCCCUCCAACCAUGAACCCUCUGAACCAGAUGAAGGCUGGACUGGCCAACAACCCCCACAGUGACGGUUCGUACCCGUAUGACCCGUCCGGCUGGCAGCAGCCCACCAAUCAGCCCACAGGAUCCCUCUCUGUGGUAACCACCGUCUGGGGAGUGACCAAUCCCUCGGCCAGCCAGGGUCUGGGUGGAGGGGUGAUGGGCCCCGGGGCCAACCCAGGCGGGGGGCCCAUGAUGCAGGGCCCCGGGGGUCCGGGCAUGGCCGGCGGGCCCGGCGGCUACAUGGGCCAGCAGGGCUACGGAGAGCCCAGCAAAGGCUACAUGAACCAGGGCAUGUACGGCCGGGCCGCGGGGGGCUACGGCGGAGGGCCGGGGGGGUACAGCAGCAGUUACCCGACGAACCCCGGAGGCUCCAGAGGUUCCGACUUCACUCAGGCUGCUGCCGCCGCCGCCGUCGCCGCUGCUGCCGCCACCGCGACCGCCACGGCCACCGCGACCGUCGCCGCCAUCCAGGAGAAACAAAACCAGGAAAUGAACUACGGACAGAUGGGAGGUCCAGCCUAUAACAACCAGUUCAUGGCCCACUCAGGCCCCCGCGGGCCCCCUGGCAUGGCUCCUGGAGGUAUGGGUCCUGGGCCUGGACCUAACAGGGGCCCGCCCUCAAUGGGCCCCAUGUAUGGACCUGGAGGCGGCCCCCAGAGGGUUCCUCAGCACCCAAACUAUGGCCCUGGACCACAGCAGGGCCACCUGAGGCCCCCACAGGGCCUCAAACGGCCCUACAGCUCUGAGUCUUUCCAAGGGAUGUCUCAGCAGUACGGCGUUCCGGUUGGUUCCAGUGUGAACAUGAUGUCUGGUCCUGGUGGCGCCGGCGGUCCAAUGCCUGGUUCAGGUGGAGGCGGUCAUGGCGGUCAUGGCGGUCACGGCGGACACGGCGGCCCCGGCCCGUACGGCGGUCCCAACAUGCAGUACCACCCAGGUCCUGGUGGUCCAGGCCCGGUCCCACAACGCUCCGGCUCCUCCCCCUCCUACCAGAGCCAUAAGAUGCCCCUCCCUCAGUACCCCCCCUCUGGACAGUACUACAAGCAGGAGCAGUUUAACGGUCAGGGUGGAGGUUUAAACGCUCUGACAGCAGGCGGCGCCGGUGGUGUCUACAACUCCUUCAACCAGCCGUCUGGGCCCGGGCGAGGGUUACCAGGUUACCCCUCCUCACCUGUACCCGGAAACCCGACCCCUCCCAUCACCCCCAGCAGCUCCAUGGCGCCGCCCUACAUGUCCCCCGGCAGCAGUGACGUCAAGCCGCCGCCCUCCUCCUUCCUGCCGGACAUCAAACCCAACAUGGCCGGCCUGCCCCCCCCUCCUCCGUCAGGUAACCCUAGCGACGACCUGCGGCUGACCUUCCCCGUGCGUGACGGCGUGGUCCUAGAGCCCUUCAGAUUAGAGCACAACCUGGCCGUCAGCAACCACGUCUUCCAGCUGCGAGACUCCGUCUACAAGACGCUCAUCAUGAGACCGGACCUGGAGCUCCAGUUUAAGUGUUACCACCACGAGGACCGACAGAUGAACACCAACUGGCCCGCCUCCGUCCAGGUGAGUGUGAACGCCACUCCUCUCACCAUCGAGCGGGGCGACAACAAAACCUCCCAUAAACCUUUGUACCUGAAGCAAGUCUGUCAACCAGGCAGGAACACCAUCCAGAUCACCGUCACCGCCUGCUGCUGCUCUCACCUGUUUGUCCUCCAGCUGGUUCAUCGUCCGUCGGUCCGCUCGGUGCUGCAGGGUCUGAUGAAGAAGAGGCUGCUGCCUGCGGAGCACUGUGUCACUAAGAUAAAGAGGAACUUCAGCAGCGGCUCCAUCCCCGGGACCCCCGGGUUAAACGGAGAGGACGGCGUGGAGCAGACCGCCAUCAGGGUCUCGUUGAAAUGCCCCAUCACUUUCCGCCGCAUCCAGCUGCCCGCCAGAGGUCACGACUGCAGACACAUACAGUGCUUUGACCUGGAGUCGUACCUGCAGCUCAACUGUGAGAGAGGAACAUGGAGAUGCCCUGUGUGCAAUAAAACAGCCCUGCUGGAAGGUCUGGAGGUGGAUCAGUACAUGCUGGGGAUCCUCAUCUACGUUCAGAACUCGGAGUACGAGGAGAUCACCAUCGACCCGGUGUGCAGCUGGAAGCCGGUUCCUGUGAAGCCGGACAUCCACGUGAAGGAGGAGUCCGACGGGCCGGUGUUGAAGCGCUGCCGGACGCUCAGCCCCAGUCACAUGGUCCUGCCCAGUGUCAUGGAGAUGAUCGCGUCCCUAGGCCCCGCCCCCUCCGCGGCCUCCUCCUCCCCGAUGUCCUACUCCUCCAUGUCUGCGGGGGGCGGCAGCAACCACACACCAGACUACCCCGGACCAGCGCCGUCCUAUCCCAGUCAGUCCGCUGGGUUCUCAGACUUCAGCGGUCCUGGGACUCCGGCGGGCGGGGGGGACUUCUCCUCCCCCGGUCCUCCUCCUCUCUCCUACCAGUCCGAGCUCUCCAGUGCCCUCCUCACCCCCGACAAACCUCCGCCUCACCCGCUGGCCGGACAGAUGUCAGUCUCGGGCCGCCUGGACUCCACUUCCCAUGGUGCUCCUCUCUCACAGCAGCAGUCACAGGGUCUCCACGGUAACUCCCAGCUGGGUGGCGGCAACCAGGUGAUGCAGCGAAGCAACCAGAAUCCCCGUCUCCAAGGCGACAGCUCUUUCAGCCUCGGCGGGGCGGCGGAUGUCCCAGAACCGUCUCUGGACUUGCUUCCGGAGUUGACCAACCCGGAUGAGUUGCUGUCGUACCUCGGACCUCCGGACCUCCCGAACAACAACAACGACGACCUGCUGUCGCUGUUUGAGAACAACUGAACACACACACACAUUAAACACACACUCACGCCUCCAGAACUUUAAACUCUCCUGUAAAAUAAGAACAAUUUCUCUCCUCGCCCCGCCAAACAUGACAGGCGGCCCAACACGGCCGCCGUCUGCACAGGACGGCGCGGACGAAAAGAAGGAAACGAAACAAAAAACUACUUUUAAAUCUGAAAACUCUUUGUUGUCUGACUAUGAACUUGACGGUAACUUUAUUUUAUUGUUGUUUUUUUUUUUAUUCUCUGUAUUUUGAUGCUUGAUCCUUCAUUCCCGGCCGGAGACGAUGCCCCCCCGCUGCUCUCAGGCCGCCGUUACAGACGAUUUAAAGUGACAACCACACGGCCGCUUUUAAACUACACACACGUCACUGCUGAGCGCUUCACAAACAACUCCUCAGUUUUUACCUUGAUCGUCCUCCAGACGAACAUUUAGUUUCAGUUCAUUUCUAUGAAAAUGCAGAGAGAAAAUCCAUAAAUUGUUUUGAUCGUGGAGGUUCUGCAGGGACGAGGACUUAACGCUGAUGUGUAGUUACUGGGCGGUGUGGGUCCCUUUUUUAAAGCCAGAAUAUUUCUGCUCCAAAUGAUGUUUUUAAAUGUGAUGGUGUAAAAAGUAGAAGAUGAGCUUUUUAAGCAGCAUACGAGAUCUUUUUGUUUUUCCCCGGAGACGUUUGGAGACACUGAAGGCGGCGUUUAGCAAAAAAGGAGCUGUUGAGAGUUCAUAAGAAAAGAUGUCCCAGAAAGACCCAAAGGUGAACACAUGAAGGGUUUACACUCAGCCGCAGUAUUUCAGGAGAAGACGAAACAAACUGAGUACAUAACAGUAGUUUUAUUAGCAUUUAAAGACAAAUUUAAGCUGUAGAAGAGAUCUCUGUAAAAUAUUAAAAUCACAACUUCUCAAAUGCUCUGUCGACAGAGGGAGCAGUAGAAUACAUCAGUGUGUCAUCUGCAUAAAAAUGGAAUUUACAAUGUCUCUUAUUUUCUGAUGUUAUUUAUAUAAAACGAAAACAAAAGUGGACCAAUUAUUGAGCCCUGUGGAACCCCUUUUAGUGACUCUGCUGUCCUUCAAUCAUAGAAGAAGUGUGAGUUUAAUCACAGAUGAGGAAUCAGAAAAUUAGGUUCAUGCUAAUGUUCUGAUGUUGUUCCUUCAUGUGUGUAUGAGAUUAUGCUGUUAUAUUUUUAAUAGAACAACAACUCGAGUUAAAAGUCAGUAAAGCCCCUUUUCCACCGGAUGGUACCAGCUCGCCUCCACCCGCUUUGGUUCCCCGUCCACUGCUUUCCAUUGCAGAUAUAUAUAGCGCCUUCUCAAUGUAGCUGGUCUUCAUAGGGACGCUGCACAAAAUGGCUGGAGAAUGAUGGAGAGAUGCACGAUUCAAGUUCAUAACAAGUUUAAUAACAAACUGGAUAAAGUCAUCAAGUUCUUAAAAGCACUCUAGCACAGAGGAAGGGACAAAGAAACACUAACAUGAAAUUGCAGCAGCUGAAACUGAGCAGCUAAACCGAGCUAACGUUAGCGGCACACCGCCUGCUAGCUAGCUUAUUUCAGACACGGGCUUUGUUGUCAAUUCUCUGUGACCAAUCAGCAGUCUGCAGUGUUUUCAAAGGAGGUGAAACCAAAAAAAACUACCAGGUACCGUUUUCCCUUAAUGGAAAACUAAAAAAGGCGAGUAGAGCCGAGGUGAGUAGAGCUGGUACCGUCCGGUGAAAGUAGUCCACCCCUCGCUCUUUCAGAGUCACUCUGUUAUAACUGAAACGAUCAGUUAAUUCAGCGAUUGAUUAACGGAAAGAUAAUUAGCAGCUAUUUCGAUAAUCCAUGUCAUCUUUUCAGUCUGUGAAAUGUAAACAAAGGUCCAUCCCGGUGUCCCAGAGUUCAAUGUGACUUCUUCAGAGAGCAAAAACGUGGAUCUGCUCUCUGGAGUAGAACCCCGUGGCAGGAAAAGAUUCAUGGUCAUAGUACAGACUUGCCCCUGACUAAUAAUUAUUAUUAUAAUAAUUUUUGUUUGCUGCCGUUUGAUGUUUGAACAUUUGUUUCCUGAUCAAUCAGAUUAGUUGGAUUCUGCUUUCCAGCAUGGCUGCCGUCCAAAGAUCUGAUGCAAACUGCAGUCAGCUGGAGGAACGUGAUCUUACUGAGGGAACCUCUCAGCAUCAGGGCAAAUCCAAAGUGCUGUCCAAAAGAGAAACGAGGUUUUAAAAUAAAGUAAAAUAUCAGGUUAAAAUAGCAUCACCUGUCUGUUCACCACCUCUGUUCCUGUGGCUGAGUGUAAACGAGAGGGUUUGAAAUCACAUCUAGAUUUUAUCAGAAAAGAGACGCUGGAUAUUAAAAGUGUAAACUGUGGCAAUCUGUUAUAACAUUUAUUCCUUAACUAGUGCUUAUUUAUUAGUACUGAUGGAACAGUUACCAGUGACUAGUACUUUAGUUUUAGUUUUUGCCAUUAAAAUCUACGGGGCUCUGCAGUUCAUAUCACAAUUCUACAAUCUAGUUACUAUUUCAAUUUUACAAGUAUCUAUUAUUCACAUACUAGUAUCUAUUCCAAAAGAUACUUUGGGGGUUAUUAGUCAUUUAUUAAUGGCUAGUAAAAUGGCUUGUAUUAGUUUUUGCUACUAAGAAUGGAAUAGUUACUAGAAACUAAAAAUAAGCACUAGUAAAAUAGUUACUAGUAACUAAUUAAAAGGUGAUAUCUGAACUGCAGAGCCCGUAGGUUUCAAUAGGAAAAAGUGAUAAUUAGUCACUAGUAACUAAAAAUAAGUACUAAUAUCUAAUAAACUGUUCACGUCACACGGAAAUAGUUACUAGUGACUUAUAAAUAAGUACGAGUAGCUUUUAAAUAGCGACUAGUACGUUUUACGGAAUAAAUGUUAAAACUGCUCGCUACAGUAAGCGAAUCUGUUUCUGUAACGGCGUCCCUUUAAGCCGAGCUCUGGUGCUUUCUACCCAGAGUGCCGCUGGUGUCUUCGCUCCUGCAGUCGAGCCUUUCAGUGGGGUUUUAGCUCACUUCCCCACCCCCGAGGGCCACUUUACGAGGCAACAAAGAAAGAAGACGACCAAAUAAAAGCUGUUUCCGUUGAUGCCUCAACAGGCUGCUCUGCGACCGCAGCCACGGUUUGUUUAUAUGUAAUAAUGAAAGGCCAUCUUCAUCCUGCUCCUCCUCCUCCUCAUGAUUCUGUAUGUUGUAAAGUGACUAGAGUCCAGACAGUUGUGGUGUCUCCAUGUCCCAGUGAAAAUAAAACUGUACAUGAUCACA